UACUCUGGGACAGAGAAGAAGAAGAAGCGGAAGCGUCUCCUGGAUACAGAGACAAGCCGAGCAGCCGGACAACAACUCUGGAUAUAAACAGUCUUUUUAUUUUUAUUAAACAUAAAUUAGUAAUGCGAUUAAACUGACCCUCGGUUUCUGAUAGAAAAAUAUAAAUGAUGUUCUAGGAGUCAUGCUGAGAAAUGGCGAAGGUGAGUGAUCCCCUGCAGGUGUGUCUCAGUGUGGUAGGAGCGUUGGAGUGUGUGGUGCGGCGGUGUGUGGGACCGAGCGGUGGGACUGUGAUCUUCACUAAAGACACGGGAGAAACAUUAAUCACCAAACACGGACACCGCAUCCUUACUGCGCUGCACCUGGAGCAUCCUAUAGCCAGGACGGUGUUGGAGAGUUUGUGUGCACACGAUGGCGUUACAGCAGACGGCUCCAAGUCGUUUAUCCUCCUGCUGGCUGCGCUGCUGCGGGGAAUCCGUGACUCUGUGCAUGAGUCCUCACGCACACACCGCCGACACGCGUCCUGGAAACUGGCCAAUCAGCUUCAUGCGUUCUGCUGGGACGGGUUGGACGAUGUCGUAGCUCACGGCGUCGUUCCUUACACCUCGUCUCUGUUCGGACCCGGCGGAUGUGAGCUGGAGGGCGGAGUCUUGGCUGCGUUGGUGGGUGGAUACGUCGGUGGGCGGGUCAGUCCCAGUCAGGCCGAGGUUCUCACGCCGCUGCUGUGUGAACUCUACGCGAGGCUCGGACACGGACACACGGACGGCGCGGCCAUCUCGUUUAUUCACUCGAACUUCUCGCAGCUGCACACGGCCGUGUCGGGACUACACAGCGCACGAUCACACGUGGUGGAAGGCCUCCUCCUGGCUUGUGAUUGGUCCGUUUGGAAAGAGGCAGACGGCCCGGUGAAGGCGCUGGUUGUUUUUGAGAAAUUAGACACACGUGAUGAUGAGAGUGUGAGCAUUCAGCUUCAGGACGACUGGACGGUUCACAGUGACGGCGUCGUACAGGAGAGAUUAGCGACAGUCCUGCGCCUGCAGGUGAACAUCGUGCUGUCGGCGGUGAAGCAGCCGGACUGUGUGCUGGUGUGGGCGUGUCUGAAUAACGUCUCCGUGCUGGAUUGCUGCGAUCCGGAGCAGCUGGACCUGCUGUGUGAACUCUGCACUGCAGAACCGCUCACGGUGCAGCCGCCGAUGCGUGUCGGGACGCUGACACACUGCCGCCGCUUUCAGCUCGGAGGACGCAGGUACGCUAACGUCGGGGUCACACACACGUCAGUGCACACACACACCCUGGUGCUGUGUGCGCCCGCUGCAGGACCGCUCGAACAGAGCGUGAGCGUGAGCCGAGGCGUGUUCUCCAUGCUGCAGCAUCUGAGUCAGUCUCACAGACACAACGACGUCUCGCCAUGUCCUCAGGAGCAGCGUCUCACGUCCUCGCAGCGUCUCACGUCCUCGCAGCGUCUCACGUCCUCGCAGCGUCUCACGUCCUCGCAGCUCUUCUCACCAUGUCCAAACCUGUGCCAUUGCAUUUUAAACGCUGGUGAUGUCAUCCCCGUGGGAGGAGCUUUUGAGUUUCUCUUCCAUCACUCCUUGCUGCACAGUAACCAUGGCGACCCCGAGAGCCGGAGACUCCUGGCCGAGGCCGUACUGAGCGUGCCCAGAUCUCUGCACACCCACAGACCCGGAGAUUUCCUUCAGCACCUCGCGCACUUCACCAGUAGACUGCUGCAGCCCCAUGCAAUCAGAGAGCCCGGCUCAGGGUCAGAGUUCAUGUGGGGUUUGGGAGCAGAUGGAUCCGGGCGUGUGUGUGUAGAGCCGGUCUGUAGUAAACACCAGCUGGUGGCAUCUGUGCUGCAGUGUGUGAACAGACUGCUGCGUGUGGAGACUGUCAUACACACACCGAGGUCACUCGCCCUCGCAGCAGCAGAAGAUGAUGAUGAUGAUGAUGAAGAAGAUGAUGAUGGAGACAGGACGUGACACCAUGUGACCGAUUUCCUGUAAAAGCGACCUGCACAUGUCAUUUAAAUCAUUAAAAUUAACCAGGAAUAUGCAAAUUUGGAAACGCCCCCACGUCCUCCUGUCGUCCCGAACGUUAUUUAACAUCAGACAAGCCUUUCAGAAUAUAUUUCAGUGUUGCCAUGACAACCACCUACUCUUCAUCGCUAAAAUUAGUUUGGUAGAUCACUAAAGCCUCUGCAGCAUGUUAUCUUCUAAUAAUUUGCAUAUUACACAUGAUUGGUCCAAAGCUGUUAUGUUUAUUUAGUGACAUCACAACUACUCAAACAACCAUUGAAACAAACAAACAAACAAACAAACAAACAAACAAACAAACAAACAAACCCAAACGCAGCGAG